AUAGAGGGGAGGAAGAAAGGGGGGCAUUUGACUCCUGUCUCCCCACCCCCAGUCCGUGCGAGGUGGAUUUAGGAAGAAAGGAUCCAAAACCUGGGACGUGGAGAUAACGAGAGACAUCAAUAAAGAGACAGGCUAUACAUUUGGAAAUCCGCGCGCGGCGGUGUCGCGCACGGAUUAUUAUAGGCUAUUUUCUUUUUAUUUCACUGAGGAGAUUCUGACUCGGAGCGUCUGAUCUGGGGGGGGUGGGGUGGGGGACAGGAAUACAAACGCACAGGGAAUGAUAAUAUAAGUGUUUUCUGCUCGUUUCAUCCGUUAACAAGUGAAUACUCUGCUGCCCAAGAAAGUGGAUAAUAGCGGUGCUUUUUCUACCGUCGGGGAUGCGAAAUAACUGUCCUUCUGAGGGAAUACGACGGCUCACCCACAAAGAACACGGAUUUGAAAAGCUGCCCCCCGUAAACCAACCAGGGGGUAGUUUCAGAAAGACUUUUCUCACGCCGUAGAAAGUGCCAAGCCGUCCUGCGUGAAGAUCCCAACCUCGGCCUCGGCUCUCCAGCCAGGUCAAAGAUCAGUCCCAUCCCCACCCCUCCCUGCCCCCCCUUCCCUCCUAGAGCCAAAAUGGCCACCAGCGGUGCCCCUCGCCUCUCCUUGCCAAUCCUGCUGCCUGCCACCUCUCUGCUGCUAUCACUGCUGCUCACCGCCUCCCACGCCUUAUCAUCACCACAGUUCACUAAAGUUCCUGCCGACCAGAUUGGCGUCUCAGGGGGUGUGGUCUCUUUUGUGUGCCAGGCAAAAGGCGACCCAAAGCCAAAGGUUAGCUGGAACAAGAAAGGCAAGAAGGUCAAUUCCCAGCGUAUAGAGACCAUUGAGUUUGACGAGGGUGCCGGCGCCGUACUCCGAAUCCAGCCUCUUCGAGCCCCACGUGACGAGAACAUCUACGAAUGUGUGGCUGAGAACAGCGAGGCCGAGAUUACUGUAAAUGCCAAGCUGUCAAUCAUCCGAGAGGAUCUACUCCCACCAGGCUUCCCUAACAUUGACAUGGGCCCUCAACUCAAAGUGGUGGAGCGCACUCGAACAGCCACUAUGCUCUGUGCCGCCAGUGGCAACCCUGACCCAGAAAUCACCUGGUUCAAAGACUUCCUGCCCAUUUACCCCAAUGCAAGUAAUGGGCGAAUCAAACAGCUACGGUCAGAAACCUUUGAGGGUACCCCGAUUCGAGGUGCCUUGCAGAUUGAGAACAGCGAGGAGACAGACCAGGGGAAGUAUGAGUGCGUGGCGUCUAAUGUGGAAGGCGUACGCUACUCAUCCCCUGCAAACCUUUAUGUGCGAGAGCUUCGAGAAGUCCGGCGGGUGCCUCCUCGCUUCUCCAUUCCACCAACGAGUCAGGAAAUUAUGCCCGGUGGCAGUGUGAACAUAACAUGUGUGGCGGUGGGGUCGCCCAUGCCUUACGUCAAGUGGAUGCUGAACUCAGAGGAUUUGACACCGGAGGAUGAGAUGCCAGUGGGCAGGAAUGUUCUUGAACUGAGCAGCGUCCGUGAGUCAGCAAACUACACCUGUGUGGCCAUGAGCAGCCUUGGCAUCAUUGAAGCUGUGGCGCAGAUCACUGUCAAAUCUCUCCCUAAGCCUCCAGGUACUCCUGUGGUUACUGAAACUACUGCCACAAGUGUGACCAUCACCUGGGACUCGGGCAACCCAGACCCAGUGACUUACUAUAUCAUCCAGUAUAGGGCCAAGUCCCCAGACAGCAAGUAUGAGACGGUGGACGACAUCACCACUACACGUUACAGCAUUGGUGGCCUCUACCCUAACACGGAGUAUGAAAUCCGUGUCUCAGCCGUCAACACAAUUGGCCAGGGUCCUCCCAGUGAGCCAGUAGAAACCCGGACUGGUGAACAGGCCCCUGCCAGUCCACCACGAAACAUCCAGGCCCAGAUCAUAUCCCAAAACACUAUGAUGGUGCGCUGGGAAGAGCCCGAGGAGCCCAAUGGACAGAUCAAGGGAUACCGCGUUUAUUACACCAUGGAUGACAACCAACCCAUGAGCCUCUGGCAGAUCCAUAAUGUCCAGGACAGCAUCAUCACCACUAUCCAGAGCCUGGUUCCCCAAGAGACAUACACAAUCAAAGUCCUAGCAUUCACCUCUGUAGGAGACGGGCCCUUCUCGGAGCCCAUCCAUGUCAAAGUACUGCAAGGAGUUCCAGGGCAACCAUCCAAAUUCCAGGUUGGCGCUGUGUCUGAUACCAGCAUUGAACUGACCUGGGAAGCUGCCUAUGAGAAAGAAGGAAUUAUAAAUUAUGAACUUCGCUACAUGGAAGGCAGUUUUGGAACCCAGAUGAAGAAAACAUUUGGACCCACAUCGUCAUAUGUUGUGGAAAAUCUCCGCCCAAACACAGAGUACCACUUCUCCCUGGCAGCCAUCUCGAACAAAGGCAUUGGAGCCUUCACCAAUGACAUAUCACAGAAGACCUUGCAAGCCAAGCCCUCCGCCCCCCCUCAAGACAUUAAGUGCAGCAGCACCAGCUCCACCACCCUGCUGGUAAGUUGGCGCCCCCCGCCUUUGAAGAGUCAGAACGGUGUCCUGGCGGGUUAUAACGUGCGCUACCAGGUGGUGGGCUCAUCAGAAGGUGGCAGUGACGACGGGGAGCCCAUGGAGGAGCCUACAGUCCCUGCCACUGCAGAGCAGGUGCUGCUGCAGCGAUUGGAGAAGUGGACCCAGUACCGCGUCACUGUGUCCGCAUCCACUGUGAUCGGUCCAGGCCCUGAAAGCGCGCCCCUGAUCUGCCGCACAGACGAAGACGUUCCUGGGGCUCCUCCCAGGAGAGUGGAGGUGGAGGUCCUAAACUCCACAGCACUAAAGGUGAUGUGGCGCUCCCUGACGCCAGGCAAGCAACACGGUCAGAUCCGUGGCUACCAGGUCCACUAUGUACGCGUGGAAAACGGCGAGUCAAGGGGCCUGCCCCUCAUCAAAGACGUAAUGCUGGCCGAUGCCCAGUGGGAAACGGACGAUACAGCUGAAUAUGAAAUGGUCAUCGGAGGACUCAAGCCAGACACCACUUACUCCAUUACGGUGGCAGCAUACACCACCAAAGGGGAUGGAGCCCGGAGCAAACCAAAACUGGUGGUGACCAAAGGGGCAGUGCCUGGUCUACCCUAUCUGUCAGUGGCUCAGGACUCAGAGACGUCAGCUAUGAUCCGCUGGGACCCUCCAGAUCUUACCAAUGGCAUGGACCUGCAGGGUUACCGGCUUCAGUUUGGCCGGAAAGAUGUUUCUCCUUUGGCCACACUUGAAUUUAGUCCCCAAGAACGACAGUACUCUGUGGGCAACAUUCACCGGGGGGCCACCUAUCUCUUUAAAGUCUCAGCCAAAAGCAGGGGGGGCUUUGGGGAAGAGGCUGUGGUAGAACUCGGUGUGCCUGAGAAUACUCCAGGGGGAUACCCUCAAAUUGACGAGGGCUCCAACGUGACAUGCUGCUCAGUGCAGCUGUCCUGGUCUCCUCCCGUGCUGGCGGAGAGAAAUGGGAAAAUUACAGAGUACACUUUGGCAUAUAAGGAAACUAGUACAGGAGGAGCACCGAAGGAGCUCCGCUUGCCCCCCAGCCAGUCCAGCUAUGUUCUCAACAGCCUCAAACCCAACUCGGCGUAUGAUGUGAAAAUACGUGCACACACCAUUGUAGGUCCAGGGCCCUACAGCCCGCCUAUCCAGUAUCGGACGGUGGCCUUUGAUUCAACAGAUGUUCCAAAGAAUUUCACUGUCAAGUGGGCCACUAAGACCACAGUGGUCAUUGCAUGGACGUUUUCUGAAAGCAGAUCUCCAUACAAAUGCACGAUUGAGUACAACCGUCAAAAGAUGGAUGUGGACGCCAGGCAGAUGAGGGUGCUCGUCACUGGACUAAAGCACAACACCACCUACGAGUUCAGGGUGACCUGCCAAGAAAGCAUGGAUGGUGGGCCAAGACAUCGCGUGGUUGCCAGGACCGCACCACUUAUCCUGGUCAAGAAACCCAAGCUGGACAUUUACGCUGAGCCUGACAACAUGCCCACCAUGUCCUUCCCACCGGUCGAUACCAAGGAUGUAAAGACCUUCUAUGUGGUUGUGGUGCCACUUAAGAGGACCUCAGGAGCUGUCAAAAACCUAAAGAACCCUGAUGAGAUGGACAUGGAAGAGCUGUUACGGGAGGUGACCCCAAAGCGUCGUUCACGCCGUCAGCUGGCUCAGCUGGAUCAGAGGAAGCCCUACAUCACAGCCUGCUUCAGGCAGUUGCCCUCAACUUUCAUGGUGGGAUCUGACUACCGCCACAGCAGCUGUGAGAACAAGCCUCUUGAACCUGGCCAAGAGUAUGUCUUUUUUCUGCUGGCUGAACUCAAUGCCACCGCCGGGAAAAUGUUUGCUACCAGCCCUUAUACCGACACAGUGAUCACUCCCAAGCUGGUGGUGGAGCCAUUAGAGACUGGUGACGGACUUAUAUGGGUGGUGGGCCCAGUCCUCGCUGUCGUCUUCAUCAUCUGUAUCGUCAUUGCCAUUCUUCUAUAUAAAAACAAACCUGACAGCCGCAAAAGAAAAGAAUCAGAGCCGCGCACAAAAUGUCUACUGAACAACGCAGACAUUACACCCCACCACCCUACAGACCCUGUGGAGAUGAGACGCAUCAACUUCCAAACUCCAGAUUCUGGUCUAAGCAGUCCUCAGAGUGAUGCCGAUUUUGACUAUGAAAGUAUGAUGAAUCAUCCUCCCAUCCCUAUCUCAGAGCUGGCAGAACACACAGAGCUUCUCAAGGCCAAUGACAACCUUAAGCUCUCCCAGGAAUAUGAGUCUAUCGAUCCAGGCCAGCAGUUCACCUGGGAACAUUCCAACCUUGAGGUGAACAAGCCCAAAAAUCGGUACGCCAACGUCAUUGCCUACGAUCACUCCCGCGUCAUCCUGGCUCCCAUCGAGGGUAUCACUGGUAGCGACUAUAUCAACGCCAACUACAUUGAUGGCUACAGGAAGCAGAAUGCCUACAUCGCCACCCAGGGUCCAUUACCAGAGACGUUUGGGGACUUCUGGAGGAUGGUGUGGGAACAGAGAGCAGCCACUGUGGUCAUGAUGACCAGGCUGGAGGAGAAGUCACGGAUUAAGUGUGACCAGUACUGGCCCAGUCGUGGCACAGAAACCUAUGGUAUGACCCAAGUGACCCUGUUGGAUACCAUAGAAUUGGCCACUUUCUGUGUCCGCACUUUCUCCUUGCACAAGAAUGGCUCUAGUGAGAAGCGGGAGGUUCGUCAGUUCCAGUUCACGGCGUGGCCUGACCACGGAGUACCAGAAUACCCGACCCCCUUCCUGGCCUUCCUCCGUAGGGUAAAGACCUGCAACCCGCCAGACGCCGGACCCAUCAUCGCUCACUGCAGUGCUGGUGUCGGCCGAACAGGUUGCUUCAUCGUCAUCGACGCCAUGCUUGAGCGUAUUAAGCAUGAGAAGACGGUGGACAUCUACGGCCAUGUGACUCUGAUGCGCUCGCAGCGGAACUACAUGGUGCAGACGGAGGAUCAGUACAGCUUCAUUCACGAUGCACUGCUGGAGGCAGUGGCCUGCGGCAACACUGAAGUGGCUGCCCGAAGCCUCUAUUCCUACAUACAGAAGCUGGCCCAGGUGGAGAGUGGCGAGCAUGUCACUGGCAUGGAGCUCGAGUUCAAGCGUUUGGCCAACUCCAAAGCCCACACGUCGCGCUUCAUCAGUGCCAACCUUCCCUGCAACAAGUUCAAGAAUCGGCUGGUCAACAUCAUGCCCUACGAGACCACGCGUGUCUGCCUGCAGCCAAUAAGAGGCCUGGAAGGAUCUGACUACAUCAAUUCCAGCUUCAUUGAUGGAUACAGGCAACAGAAGGCCUACAUCGCCACGCAGGGCCCUCUGGCAGAGACUACAGAAGACUUCUGGAGAAUGCUCUGGGAGAAUAACUCUACUAUUGUAGUCAUGUUGACCAAACUGAGAGAGAUGGGACGGGAAAAGUGUCACCAGUACUGGCCGGCGGAGCGCUCUGCCAGGUACCAGUACUUUGUGGUUGAUCCCAUGGCGGAGUACAACAUGCCCCAGUACAUCCUCCGAGAGUUCAAGGUCACAGAUGCCAGGGAUGGUCAGUCCAGGACUGUACGGCAGUUCCAGUUUACUGAUUGGCCGGAGCAAGGAGUGCCCAAAUCCGGGGAGGGAUUUAUUGAUUUCAUUGGCCAGGUGCAUAAAACCAAGGAGCAGUUUGGACAGGAUGGACCAAUCUCUGUCCACUGCAGUGCCGGUGUGGGCAGGACCGGAGUCUUCAUCACCCUUAGCAUCGUCCUGGAGCGAAUGCGUUAUGAAGGCGUGGUUGAUAUCUUCCAAACAGUGAAGAUGCUCCGGACCCAGAGGCCAGCCAUGGUCCAGACUGAGGAUGAAUACCAAUUCUGCUACCAUGCAGCUCUGGAGUACUUAGGAAGCUUUGAUCACUAUGCAACGUAAAAAAG